GAGCUUGAGUCACAGAAACAAUGGGAAGUAUUGCAAAUAUAUUGUUUGUGUCCGUAUAAUUGCAGGUUUUAAAUUCCAAUAUGUGUAUGCAUAAAUUAUAAUCUAAUCUAUAUAUAUAUAUUGGUGUAAAUAUUGUAUUUUAGUUGACGCAUCAUGCUUCUGCAAAAGAUAUUAUUUAUAGCACUUAUAUCGGUUUUAGGAAUGGGAAAACAUGUUAGCAAAAGAUUGUUAAGUGAUUCAAAGAUUUAUGGAGGGAAACUAAAAAAAGAUGUCGACUACAUUGUAGCUAUUGCUGGAACUAAAACAAGUUUAUUUUGUGGUGGAACUAUAAUAAGCAAAUAUUUCAUUCUGACGGCACGGCAUUGUCCCUGUAUCUACCAAAGCAACAAAUACAUACCGAAAACUGAUAAUUUCACGGUGAGUUACGGAAAAUCUAAUUUUAUGUUAGGCACAAGAAAAGCCACAUCCAAGAUAUAUUGUCAUGAAACUCAAGAUAUAGCCAUACUUCGGUUACAAAGUGAACUUCCGGAAUUCGAAGCCUGGAGAAUUGCAACAUUGGCUGACACUUACGACGUCGGUGAUGGUAAUAUUGCCUUGGCAGCCGGAUGGGGAAAAUCGUCGCAAAAUGGUACAGUUGUGAAAUCAUUGCAUCAAAUCAAACUGGAGAUUUACCCUACAUGUUACUGGGACCACGUUAUUUGCUUUGGAUCUUCUAAUGGAAGUAUUUGUGAAGGUGAUUCUGGGUCUCCCUUGACAAUUGAUGGCGUAGUUAUUGGUGUCAUCAGUUUUUUAUCAGCCUCCUGUGGACCUUCAAACGCUAGUUAUCCUAACGGAGCAGUAAACGUCUCAUCUGUUUAUAAUUGGAUAGCAAAUAUCGCAGACAUUAAUCCUAAUUAAUUCUACGUAAUUGCCCAAUUAUAUUUGGUGAAAUAAAUUAUCUACCGUAUUAGAAAUUUAUCAAAACCUAAUAAAGAUAAGCCCCACAUGGAGCAUUUUAUUAUCAAGUUGCAUAAAUAAAGGGAAUGGGCAUUGAGUAAAUACUUCCACAUAGCGGUAUAUUUACUAUAGUAGUUGUUUUAUAAAAAGCUUUUGUGUUACAAUUUACAAUUUACUGAACUGUGUAAAUGUAAUAAACACAUACUCGGACUGUAAUAAAUGUUUAUAAACCUUUA